AUGUCAUCUCUCAGAAUCCUGGUGCCCAUAAAGCGGGUAAUUGACUAUGCGGUCAAGCCCCGCGUCAACAAGGCCCAGACGGGCGUCGAGACGGCCGGCGUCAAGCACAGCAUGAACCCAUUUGACGAGCUCUCGAUCGAAGAGUCGGUACGAAUCCGCGAGAAGAAGUCGGCGCCCGUUGAGGAUAUCUGCGUCAUCUCAGCGGGUCCACCCAAGGCGGUAGACGUGCUGCGGACGGCCAUGGCCAUGGGCGCGGACCGGGCCAUCCACGUCGACGUCAAGGAGGGCGAGGAGCUGGAGCCGCUGUCGGUCGCCAAGCUGCUGCGGGCCGUGGUCGAGAAGGAGAAGAGCAACCUGGUGGUGCUGGGCAAGCAGAGCAUCGACGACGACUCAGCGCAAACGGGCCAGAUGUUGGCGGGUCUGCUGGGCUGGGCCCAGGCCACGCAGGCUAGCGAGGUCAAGUUUGAGGGGGAUAACGUCCUCGUCACCAAGGAGGUCGACGGCGGUGUCGAGACUGUCAAGGCCAAGCUUCCCAUGAUCAUUACUACCGAUCUCCGUCUCAACGAGCCCCGGUACGCCAGUCUGCCCAACAUUAUGAAGGCCAAGAAGAAGCCCCUCGUCAAGAUGAGCCUGAGCGACCUGGGUGUCGCCAAUGAGAGGAGAUUGAAGAUUGUCAAGGUUGAGGAGCCCGCCCCGAGACAAGGUGGUGGCAAGGUUGAGGAUGUAGAUGGACUCAUUUCCAAGCUGAAGGAGCUUGGCGCCAUAUAG